ACUAUCAUCCUUGAUUUACGCCCAUCCACCCGACUUUCCUCGCCCUCUCGGCCACAUCCUCACCUCGUCCCGCUCCGCUUCCCCCAACAGCGCAACCAAUACCCCGCCGCCCUGCUCAAGGACAAGCACUCCCGCUCCGGGCUCACCAAAUCCGACAUGCAGCACAAGCAAGGCGCCGGCGCGCACAACUGGGGCUCCAUCCGCCAGGUCGGGGACAUGGAGAGCCAGGCGGAAGCGGACGCCGGCGAGGGCAUGUUCGACAUGGACAGAGACAAUGAUGCGGUCGGAGAGCUCCCGGCCACGCCCAAGCAGCGCGGCGCCGGCAGGGACAACCUGGACAUGGCCAUGGGUGCGGGAGCCAACAAGGACCUUAUGAAGGAUGCGAUCAGUACCAGUCCGACGGACUCGAUGGCCAGCCUCGACUCGGUCUCCCCCAAGGAUGGCGGACCGGGCGGGGCUGGCGCCAAGGGCAGAAGGAUGAGCAAUGUGAGCGAUGAGGAGAGGGAGAGGGCCAGGGCCUACAGGGAGGGCGUCAUGGCUGGUGGUGGUCCCGUCAACCUCGCCAACAUCGCCCGGACUUCCUUCGGCGUCGCGUCGCCCCCGAACGGGAAUGGGUUUGCUGGGAUGGCCGGGACCUCGCCCACCAAGUACAAGUCUGCCGCUUGA